AUGGCGAUCGAGUGGACCAGCCGCGCCGCCCGCCUCCCAAGCCCCGGCCCGCCUGCCCGCGCGCGCCCAUCCUCCCCGCGCGCGCGACACCGGCCGCCUCCUGCUCCGCCCGGCCUACGGCUCGCGCUCACCCGCGCGUCGCCCAGGCUUGCCCGUGAGCCCGGGCACGCGCACGCGGAGCCCGGCGCGCCGAGCCACGACGGCCUCGCCGCACCAAGCUGCCUGCCCGCGCCCGGCCGACUCCACGGGCCUGUGGCCCACGUGCUCGCCCCGCGCGCUCGCUGCGCCCCGCCAUCACCGCCGCGCCGCCCGACGCUCCGCGUGCAGAGCCACGCCGCGACGCUCGCCGGCCCGCACACGCGCCGCAGGCCCUCGCUGCUCGCGCCGUCGGGUCCCGCUCACCUGCGCCCCCACGGGCCCCGCGCUUGCCCCGCCACUGCCCCGCUCCGCUCGGCGCCGCUCACGCGCACGCUCGCCCACCGCCGCCGCUUGAACCGCCACUGGCGCCCUGCUCCGCUACUGCUCCACGUGCGGCGCCCCGCCACCAUCACUGCCACCUCCCUGUGCGCGCACAGCGCCGCCUGGGUCGCCCGCCGCUGGCCCGAGGUGUCAUGUCGCCGCUGUGCCGAAUUGCCGCCCGCGCCGCCGUGUCGCGACGCCAUUAAGGCGUUCCGCACUGCUCGCCGGCCGACCUCACCGCCACGACCCCCGCACCGCCUUAGCUCAGCUAUAAAAGGCCCCCCCGAGCUCCACGGCCACCCACACCACCUCACCACCGACCCUAGCCUCCCCUCUUGA